GAUAAACAAGAGACUUGUCAUAGUUGUUAUAACUACACAAAAAAAAAUUAUAUCGAAUUCUAUGUCUCUUGGGGUUUACUAGUACCUGCAGUCACUCAGUGAGUAGUUGACGCAAACAAGACGCAAUCGCAAACAUGUCGGCACGCAAGGUAGAAACACGUCCUGGUACGGGGACGUGGUCGAGAGGGUGGCCGCAAAUGAAAUUAGGGAAUGGAGCGCAGAAGCCAGCUGAGAUGAAGCGACUUGAAGAGAUGAAAUAUUUGAACUUUUCCACUGGCGGUAGCGCUUCUUCGGGCGGUGCCUUUCUUUUAUGGGUUGGAAGUUGACCUUGACCACUCAUCUAUGAGCAUAUCUAGUAGGAGUCUCUGUUGAUAUCUCUCAUCUAUGAGCAUCAGUAAAUCUAUGAACAAGUAGUUUUCAAGUAGGAUGAAAGGCAUUGCGAUCUAGAUGCUUAGUCGACGUGCAGCCCCUAACUCUUGCCAGUGGCAAGCUCUUGCGAAAAGCGCAGCGUCCGGCGUUGCGUGACAUUCGUGGGGUCAUCACAGGAAUAAAGCCUCUCACGAUGAAUACGUCUGUUUUAAGGCAUCUAGAAGAGACUUAUGCGUGAGUCAUUCUAUGUAUUUCUUUGUACCUAAUACUACAAUCUAGCAACUUCUCAUUUCUACUAAGGCUUCCAGAAACUAAUGUACUAUGUAUCCUAAAUGGUAGCGGACGAAGAAGACGAUAUCAAUGGAUAGGCGGAAGUCGCCAAUCCAAGCCGACGAAAGAGUAACACAGCACCAAACAAUGAAAAUGAAUAACAAUCAUGAAUUCACUAUUCAGAUUCAAGGGUAACAGCUGCCUUCGGAAGAUGCCAAAAAUGAGUGCCGAUUCUAACGAUCGAAAAACUGGUCGUCGUUGAUGCAGCACCGGAGAUGAAUACGACACAGCACCAGGUUGGAACCGAGCAGGAUGAUGCGGCGAUAACGUCACCAACGGAUGGCAUGGCCGUCGACGUGCCGGAGGCAGCAACGGACAAUCAGUGGGCGAGAGAAUCAAUGUCGCUCGGUGAUCUGAUUUUAGCUGCAAAUGCGGGAAAGCAGAGUGCGCAAAUGCAACUCGAGCAAAAGUUGGAAACGGUUCGAUAUUCAACAAAUAUGUGAAUGAGGUAAGUAUAGCAGAAGAAAAUGUAGAAAGUCUCAGUAUAUUGAUUCAGUUUAAGUGUAGCUUGUCCACCUUGUGCAAUGAUCUCCUUGUGCAAUGAUCGCUUAGAUGAAGCAGAAAUUGAAAUUUAGAACGAGAACAGAUUUUCCUACCCUUCCUUUAUUGAUUUCAAUCUAUGCACUAGGUUUCAAAGUCGGGAGGGGUCGAUAGCUUGAUCACGUGUUUGCAGGAUUUAGCAGCCGCUGGAUUGAUGUCUUUUCAGCGAAGCGACGUUCCUACGCUGACACCCGGGACUACGAAUGCGUUGUUGAUGCGAUUAGCCUCUGGUUCUACUCCGAUCAUAUUUUAUUUUUCUAUUCCCGAGUAGAAAUAGCGCUGUUCUCCGCUUCAAAGCUUAUUUUUGUAUUCCCGAAAGCGAAACUUUCCCAGUAGCAAGCCGGUGGCACAGCAUUAGAUACUCGACUUGUCCUGGCGACAUAUGAGCCCUUUUGCCACUACUUUCGUCGUGUAUGGUAGGUAUUUAGUACAUUAUUCUUGGAUGAUGACAAACAAGCGGUGUUUUCUUUACAUUUACUUCUCAGUUUCCACGGAGUCAAGAGAGGACCUGGUGAAAGCCUAUUCUGUAGUAUCUUCCUUUAGCACAUCCGGAAGAAAUGCCCUGCGAACAAAAAAGUGGUUAAGGCGAGUCAUUGUUUAGCGAGUUCGAUCAAACAACUUAUACUAGAAGGAUUCUUCUCGAUUAUGGGCUCUUAGAGUGUCAUCCUCGUCUAGACAGAUUUGUUUGUGUCAAGAAUUUUCCUCUAUGAAGCUACAUCUUUCUAAUCUGCCUGAGGACGAAGCUAGUUUCCAAUAUCAUGCGACGAUAUCCGACUCGCCUGCUGCACCUGCGAAUAGAGCCACCAUUCUUGUGUAUUAUAUUUUUAAUUUUUCUGGUAGGGCACUGCCUAGAAGAAAAACGCUUUUGGUUCAGAAUGACUUCGGACCAGGUAAUUCCUUUUGUUCUGAAUGAGGCAUUUUGACUGGGACAUUUCCAAGAACUUGAUACUUUUACAUGCUAGUUUCCAUGCAACCGUAUCUGAAUAUCAGUAUCUAUCCUCUUACAGCCAAGGAAGUCUGUGCAGAAGAGGAGAUCGGCUUAAAUACGCCUUCGGUGCUGCAAUUGGAUCUGUAUGGAGGAUGUUUUUUCUCCGAUUUAACAGACCAUCGAGGCUGCCCCUUUUGCCCUGAGAAGUGCAUAGACGUUUUAGAGAAGUGCAUCAACUUCUGCCGAUCCGGUGCUUGAUGCGCAGGGUUGAGGCGGGAACCCAUCCAAAUCUCAAUCUAAAUCUCGAUGGUCUGCCUAGAUAGAUGGAAAAUACACCAUUCAUAAUGUGGACCUCGUACUGACGAAGCUCGGAAAGGACCUCUCGUUACUCAGCGGAGUGGGGGACAAAGCGUCGUUGACCGAAGCUUGUCUCUUUUUAUGCGGGCAAAAGUAAUUUAGUACGAAAGGUCAUCGAAAUUGAGUCAGGCUGGAGCACAUGAAAUGAAAAAUACGUUUAGUCUUCUAAAAAAGAUAUUAGGUUAUUAUUGAUAUAUAUUAGAUAAUUAGAUAUAUGAGAUAAUUUUAAGAUGAUAGGGUUAGGUAGAGAUGACCACUAGAUAAGAGAUCGUGACUGAUCGUUCGAUGUUAUAGAAGGAUUGUGCUUGUGUGCGAGAGCAAGGAUCUAAGAACUGUCACUGGAACUAGAUGAAUAUCUACUCGGUAGUCGAUUUAUUAAGCUUGAACAUCUCGGUGUGCGAUUGAUGAAGGUUAGCUGUGUUCCAUUGCGAGAUUGAAUUGUGAGAAUUGUUCCGCGUGGUCACUGAUACAAACCAUAUUAAUACCAGUUACCACCUCGACCACCCCAACAGGCCCAGCAAAAAGCUGUUUAUCAUCCUUUAACACCAAGACUGCAGUCUUUGUAUUUGAAGCUGUUGCUGUUGACAGCGGAACCGAUUACGCCGGCGGCCCGUGAAGUUGUCAUGGAGAAGUUGCAUCAUGACUGUAGAAUAUUCGAACGACAUUUCCCGGAAUUUCAGGCAGACGCGAUAUACGACAUUCAUGAAUUUUUGAGGUAUCGUUCCUCCUUUCAAUCUGAUUGUUGAUUCUCCAGUUUAUUCGAUAACAGCUCUGAGUGCAACAUGUACAACCGGACGACUAGAAGGAUGCCUUCAUCACAACCUGCGGACGAUUAAGUACUACUACAAACUUUAACUUUUUCUCUCCUUGUUUGUACUCACUAAAAAGAUUGAUCAUCAUGAAGUCUUUUCUCUUUCACGUUUUACAGCUGUGAAGUGGUCAUGCUACCGAUGAUUGCUGUCAGGCUGCUGGUGAGGUACUGGGAUCUUAGCGAGACCGACGUUUAUUCGAUCCUCUUUUUAUGUUGGGACAACUAGAAGGAUGCUGAUGGAAUAUAGGAACCACAAGAAAGGUCGUCCAACUGAGUUAAAACUACUUCUUAAGUAGAAAGAUGCUGAUGGAAUGUAAGAACCCCAACUAGUUAACUAUGUCUGUACGAGGGAGGAGACACAUUCAGAAUAUGGCCUGGAUACCCAUAUUUGAAUAGUUCUCCCUCGCCCAUAGCAGUUCUGGCACCUAUCUCAGGCCUACUAGCACUGUAUUGUUCCUCAUCCUCUUUCUUCGUUCAUGAUUGGCGCACGAGGGUGUGCACACAGACCCAGAAUUCGGCGAAGAUAUGCAAAACUUGGUCCGCCUUGUCACCGAACGCCGGUCCAAAGCUUCCCCCUCUGCAUCCGAGUGGGGUCUAUUUUUAAGGGUUUAGUUUUUUAGAAGGAUGAUCAUGGAACUUCCUUGCAGUACUUCUAAAACCACGGACGAUGCAUAAUUAACUUAUAUUGGAGUAGUCAAUCUCAAAUCCUACGCGCACUUAUUACAUGGCCUUUCUACAGCGUCAUGAAUGGCCGCACUGCGAUUGCUACUAGUGCCAGUACUUCUGUUGACUAGGACAUCACUUUUCCCACUACGUCUUGUACUCUCUCUUCGUGUAGUACUAACAAUCUCUAGAAGGUUUGGCAUUCUCUCUACUUCGUGUACUAGUUUGGAACCUCUAACAACCUCUGGUGGGGUUUCUGACGAGGAUGCGAUGAUGGAGGGUUCUAGAAGUCAGGAUUACAGUUACUUUGAACAAGAGGAGGAUGGUAAACGCCUGAGGACAUCAGAGGAUUACGAGAAGUCAGCCGGAAACUUUGCAGACGGAGAUUUCGACGGAAAUGCGCAGUGCUUUCGCUGGGUGCACAAGCCUUUUUGGUGGCAAAAAGAUCAAGAUGUCCCUGCUUUUGAGCUCGAUGCCUGAGUUGUAUUUUCGGUACUUAAGAAGUUACCUCUAUAAAUUAAUCUCGAUGCAGUUGAUGAUGUCGUGAACGGCUAAGUAGCCGAUGGCUAAAGUCAGUCUACUCGCGGCUUGUGCCUACACGCGAGGUCGAUGUACCUACUAGAUGUCGUACUCCACAUAACAAAGUACACACCAUUUCAUGGCUGGCAUUUCCCAUGUGACAGUGAAAUUGAGGACGUCCUCACUGGCUAGAAACGCAUCACAGUGACACACGUUGUCGUUCCUUUAAAUCAAAUCAUGUCACAGAUCCCCAUAUUUUUGAUUUUGGAUAGAUCCUUGGUGUAUUCCGAGAGCAGGCUCCACUCUGACUCGUACAUGUUUGUUCUUCCAUUUUGGUUCUUACAUGUAGUAAGUGUUGAUCAUUCUUACAUCUACAGCUAGUCUUGGUUCUUCCACUUAAUUAUAAUCUAUUCUGUUGUGAUGACGUGAAAAUCAUAUAAACAAACAGUCCUACAACCAUGUUGUUUGAUUUGGUGAAAAUCCUGUAACAAACAAGAGUAAUCCAAUUUUCUACGAUGUGUUGGAAACUUCUUCCGCUCUACGGCCGUCGCCGUCUUGGAAAACUACGUGUAUUCAUAUUCAUUGUCCCAAAGGACAAUAUUUUGGCAGUAGAAAUUUUUCGCUAAGAAAAUUUGUUUCCUGCUCAUAUCAAAGUGCAUAGGCUCCGAUAUUAUUGUAGUUUUUGUCUCGCUUGUAUUUGUGAUGCAGGAGUUACUCUGGCAGACACGUUUUUAGCGGUCCUGUUCCGAAGGUUCAUUACCCAGAAAAUUUGGUCCCUGUAGAAUUCCACUGGCAUCCAUCGUUUCAUAUCACAAAUUACGGCUAUUGUGUCAUAUCACAAACUACGGCUAAACUGGAUACUUACAUAGAAGUUUUUGAUCGUAUGUUGUUUUUUAUUUAUUCUUACUGCUUGUGCUGCGUCGUGGCUGGCGUGAUAUAAUGCCAUGAUCAGCAUCAGCUGUGCACAGGAUUGCAACAUUUUUUGCACAGAAAACUAAAAUGAACCAAGAAUAUGUGCUGAGAUUUCUGUCUGUUGUAUGUAUUUGAGCAAUGCAUUUAGGGGGAAAACCCAGAU